CUUGGACCGUUUGACGCGCGAGGCGCCGCCCUGCCGCCGCCACCGCCGCCAACGCCGCCGCCAGAAUUUGCGAAACCAGCGGCGCCAAACCCGAGAUGGAGCGCUCGGUGCGGGAGCUGUGGGCGGAGUCGCGCGAGCUUCUGGGCCUCCACGCCGAGGACGUGCCGCGCGCCGACCUGCCCCCGACGCCGCUCGCCUUCCUCCGCGACCACGUCUCGCCGGGCCGCCCGCUCAUCGUCUCCGCCGCCGCCACCCGCCACUGGCCGGCCGCCUCCCUCUGGCCCACCGAGUCCUACCUCCCCGACGCGCUUCACUCCACCGACGUCUCCGUCCACCUCACCCCCAGCGGCCGCGCCGACGCCCUCGCCCCGCACCCGCACCCGCGCCGCCCCGGCGCCAGGUGCUUCGCGUCCGCGCACGUCCGCCGGGUCGACUUCCCCUCGGCCGUGCGGCUCAUCAGGGGCUCCGACCCGGCCGCCGGUGUGGUGGCGUACGCGCAGCAGCAGGACGACUGCCUGCGCGGGGAGUACGCGGCGGUGGCCGGCGACGUGGACGCGCAUGUGCCCUGGGCCAGCGAGGCGCUCGGCUGCCUCCCCGAGGCCGUCAACCUCUGGAUCGGCAACUCCUGCUCCGUCACCUCCUUCCACAAGGAUCACUACGACAACAUCUACGUCGUCCUCUCCGGCGAGAAGCAUUUCCUCCUUCUGCCCCCCACCGAGCACCACCGCCUCUACAUCCGCGAUUACCCCGCCGCGUGCUACGUCGCCGGGCAGGAAACAGAGGAGGUGCCGAGGCUUAAGCUGGAGAUGGAAGAACCCGAGAGGAUCGUGCCGUGGAGCAGCGUGGACCCAUACCCGGCGUCGCCGGAGGAGAUGGCAGCGCAGGCCUCGUCCUUCCCGCUCUACUUCAAGGGGCCAAGACCGAUACACUGCACCGUCCGCGCCGGCGAGAUGCUCUACUUGCCGAGCAUGUGGUUUCACCAUGUCAGCCAGAGCCCCGGGCCUAACGGGCUCACCAUUGCCGUCAACUACUGGUAUGAUAUGCAGUUUGACAUCAAGUAUGCCUACUUUAACUUCAUGAGGUCACUGGAGAUCAAACAAUCUCCGUUGGACACUAGUGAUGAUGCUAUCGAAGGUGAGCUCCAGGAGAAACGAUUGAGCUGACAGUCUGAUGGUAUUUGCAUUUUGGACAAUGCCACACGGGCAGUAUUUUCAGAAUAUGGGGCUUGGGUUUAUGUGGUAUUAUGUGAAAGUUCUUCAAGGUUUCAGUUAGUUAUACAGAGCUUGGAUCUGGGUUACUGUCGGCGUUUGUUGUACCUACGUAUACAGGUGCCAAAUUGCCCAUCAAGCUUGAUUUACUAGCAAUAGGACAUUGUGAAAGGCUGUUAAACUUUUUUCAGAAAGCAGCAUGAGUUGUUCUUUGUCGGAUGGCUUACAUUCUGCAGGUCUACUCUCUAGUCUCUACACACGAAGUCUUGUGCAAAUUACGCACAUAAGGUUUCCGUACCAGAUCAAGCAUAAGAUGGAUGACAGAGAGUAUCAGUUGAUGAGCUGUUCUGAGUCUGACAGUGUUAUUAGUUCUGGUGCUGGUAAGACAUGCCACUUUUCAGAAGUUGUUGCAGACAGUUUCUCAAGCUGCUUUGGCCAACUCCCGGUCCACAGCCACCUUCAGGAAGCUGCCUUCCUCGACCACCAUCUGCACUGGCAGGAAACCGAGCCCAUUGGCCACAGCAAGCAUCACCUCUUUCAUCUCAGCACGGAACUCCUCCAGGUCCACCGUGCCAUUGCCGUCCCGGUCGAACUUUGCGAAGAGCCCACGGUAAAGCUCCACAAGCUCAUCAUGGCUCAUGGCAGACUCAUCAACACCAAAGUGCUUCUCAAGAACUCUGAGGCUCAUGAGCUCCUGUGCCAUCUCGGUGUAAGAGAGCAGGCCAUCAUGGUUGGUGUCGAGGGCCGCAAACCGGCCAUCCACGGAUGAGUUGAAGGCACCUUCGUCCUCGACAAAGCUUUGGAUGGUCUUGCCAUCAAGGAUUUCUACACUCAUGUUGUUAAUUCUGAGGGUGUGGAUGCAGCAGGGUUCUUUUUUGGUUGGUUCUGAAGAAGUCCGAAGCUGGCGCGUGCUGCUUAUAUAGGCUAAUUCGCAGGUUUUUUUUUUCUCUUCAUGUGUGCGCUAAUGCUAUGGAUUUUUCAGUCAAUGUUGCCAACUCCUAACUGCCAUUGGCCGGUCAGAAGCAGCCUGCGGUUUUUGGGCAUUUCAGUGCUAUAUUGCCAACUGCUAUAACUAGCGUCCGUUGAGAGAACCACCUGUGGUAUUUUAUAGCCUGUGGUAUGCUACGGGCAUGGAUUGCUUUUGAAGCGGCAAGUUGUUCUAAUAUUUAAUUUGUUUUAAUCUGUCA